AUGAUGCAAACGGCUUCGUAUCAUCAUUCAUCAUAUGAUUAUAAUUCAUUUCCAACAUUUUUACCAUCAACAUCGAAUACAUAUGCAUCGUAUUAUCCAAAUCAUUUUAGAGCUCAAACAAAUGUAUCAACAAAAAUUGAACAAGAUGAUUCGUCAAAUUCUAGUAUAACACCACCUCCAUCAAAAUCAUUAUCAACAUCAACACUAACAACAACAAAUAAUGCUCUUUCGCACAUUCCAAUUGUUCUUCAAUUGUCAUCAAAUAAUACUGAACAAACUCUAAUAUUAACUAUCGAUCAAUUAUCUUGUGUAUGUGAAGCAAUACAACAAAGUGGUAAGAUCGAUAAAUUAAUAAAACUUUUACAGUUAUUACCACAAAAAUCUUCAUCACCAACUGCGGCUUUAAUUCAUCAGCAUGAUAGUGUUUUAAAAGCACGUGCAAUUAUACUUUAUCAUCAAUCGAAAUUUCGCGAAUUAUGUUGUUUAUUAGAAACUCAUACAUUUGAUAUUCAUCAUCAUACGGAAUUACAACAACUGUGGUACAAAGGACAUUAUAUGGAAGCACAAAAGAUUCGUGGUCGUCCAUUAGGAGCUGUUGAUAAAUAUCGUAUAAGACGAAAAUAUCCAUUACCAAAAUCCAUAUGGGAUGGUGAAGAAACAAUUUAUUGUUUUAAAGAAAAAUCUCGUCAAGCAUUAAAAGACUGUUACAAAUUAAAUCGUUAUCCAACACCUGAUGAAAAACGUUUCUUAGCAAAAAAGACUGGUCUAACAUUAACGCAAGUUAGCAAUUGGUUUAAAAAUCGUCGACAACGAGAUCGUACACCACGAACACAAGAUUGUCAAGAUCUUCAAACAUCAUUAUUAAAUCAAGCAGCCUAUUUUGCUUCGGGUUCAGUUUAUUCUCAUGGCUCAUUUAGUUCAAAUGGAACAUUAUCAUCAAAUUAUUCAUAUUCAACACCAACACAAAAUCAUUCAACAUUUUUACACUAUCAAUCGUAA